AUGUCGGCCACCAACGCUGGCCCGAUCACCACCAUCUUCACACCCCCGGCGUCAUGUCUGAGCACCUCCAUGUUCAUCGGCCACUGGGGAGCCUACGACCCAGCCACCAGCUGUUACCCAACAUCCACCAAGUUGUUCCUCUUCGUUCAAGAGUAUUACUACUCACCAGGCAUCUGCCCGAGCGGGUACUGGUUCGCCUGCCCGUGGACGGGAACCAGCUUCCCGGCAAGCGUCACUGCGUCGCUGUGCUGUCCCUCGGAUUUUGAGUGCGUGGAUGGCUGGUCUCACGUAUGCGCCAGGGGCGGUUCCUUCGACGGGUUGGAGCAUGUCUUCGUGAUUAGCCGCAAUAGCCAGACGCUCGCGAGCACCGCUGCCCUGACCACCGCAACCCUAGAGCCGGACAGCUUCAUCUGGGCCGACGGUGUCCCCGUGGCAUGGGAAACCACCGACACGGCGAUCCUCAAGCUCCUGGGGCAGCUGACGACAACUUCGUCCACAUCCGGUACGUCCCUUUCAGAGGAAUCAUCCAGUUCGAUCGGACGGACGAGCAGCGAGGUAGCGCCGAAGACAUCGGGGACGGCGACGGCGACGGCAACCGACACGGGCGGUUCUUCGCUCCUAGUGUCCCCGUCGACGAGCACGAGCGACAGUCAGACAACACCUUCGUCGACGACGGGACCGACCCCCACCACCGCCGCAAUAACGUCGGAGCCACUGUUGACGGGUAACUGCGCGAGUCCUUCAUGGACGCUGUUGGAUAUGUCGACGGCGUACCUCUACGCUCCCGUCCUCGGUUGCGCCUACGACAACCUGAAUUGUUGCCCGUUCCAAGUCGAUGCAGCUCCAAGGACCGGCGCCCCGGGGCCCUUCCCAGCAGCCAGCGUCGCCCGGUGUCCAGAUGGCUACGUCACCGUCACCUCGUCCGCCUGCUGCCUAUCCGGCUUCCAGCCCCUGUCAACAGCAUUUGUGUCCCAAUCAGCCUGCGUGAGCCGGCUCUCCUCUCCGCUCAGCCAGCCGCCGCUCCCCACGACUGCACAAGACGCCAGCGUCACGGUCGGCGUCGUGCUCGCAAUGCAGAUCCCCAUCGAGACGGCGGCGCCGUCGUCCGGCUCGGGUCUGUCCAAGGGCGCCGUGGCGGGGAUCGCUGUUGGGGGCGCAGUGGCGCUCCUCGUGAUUGCGACGUUGGUCUUCUUGCUGGUCCGCAAGUCACGGCCGCCGCAGCCGGUUUCUGGUCUGAUGGUGCCGGAGGACAAACACCCGCCGGUGCACGUGUAUCCUAGUGAACUGCAUGGUCAAGGUGUUUCGGAGUUGCCCUAUCAGCGGGACUUUUGUGCGGAGCUCCCUGGAGCAGCGCGGUAA